UCUACGCCCCCGGGUGUGAUCUUUAAAAGACUGACAGAUGACGUCAUGGCAUCACCUGGGCGUGGUCAGACAGUGACGCGUUUGUUGCCAUAGUAACGGCAUCUCCGAGCGCUGACGAGACCCCGGAACCGGCACCUGUCGCUGGGGGCAGAGGGGCCACGUCUCUAGGUACCCCGCAGUGACCGGCCUGCUGGGGCCCCUCUCCUACACAAUAUGUUACCAGGCUCCAUCCAGAUGUCGGGGGAGACCCUCUCCAGUGCGGAGGUGAAGGGGGUGUGUGAGGGGCUGAUGGAGGGCUCGGUGCGUCUCCUCUCCCUGCGCGGGUGCCAUCUCUCGGACAGAGACUUUGCCCGGCUGUGUCAGGGGGUGUCCGAGUCCCCUUCCCUGGUGCAGCUUAACCUUAACCUGGGAGUUGUGUCCGGCACGGGCAGGGUCCAGCAGCUGGCGCAGUGUCUGCACCGCAACCGCUCCCUGCAGUCCCUCUUCCUGCAUGGUAACCCACUAACCGACACUGGCUUGUCCCUCCUUAACCCCGCCCUGGCCGGCCACCCCGCACUGGUGUCUCUGGAUCUUGGGGACUGCUUGCUUGGUGAUGAGGGAAUCGGCCAGAUCUGUGGCCUCCUGCCCCCUGAUGGGGCAAAACCAGGUCUUCGGGAGCUGACCCUCUCUGCCAACCCCGGAAUAUCGUGCACUGGUUGGGCGCGUCUGGCCAUUGCUGUGGCGCACAGUUCUCAAGUUAGAACCCUAAAUCUGGAUUACAAUCCAUUGGGAGAUCACAUUGCUUCCAUGUUGGCCGUGUGUGUGGCAUCCAGUCGGACUCUGGAAGUUCUGGACUUAGAGGGUACCGGACUCAGCGAUCAGUCGGCUCAGAUCCUACUGGACAUGGUGCAGAACUAUCCGACCCCUCUAAAGUCUCUGGUGCUGUCCGAGAACAACAUCAGCCUGGAGCUGCAGCAGCAGAUUGCGGACCUGCUGUCAGAGGGUGAGGACGAGGACGAGAGUGAAGGCCGGAGCCAGGACCAGCCCGUGAGGGAGAAAGGACUAAAGAAAAAUUUAGGCCCCGCCCCUCAUCGGGUCCUCCUGACCUCUGGCCUUGGGGACAGUCUCCUUGCUGAGACAGAGAUGUGAGGCUUGGCUGUUGUCACACAACAUGGCGUCCACUCAAGGUAACCCAACUCCUGAAGCCUUGAGGAGUGAGCAAUGGCUGCUGCUCCACCUGCACGGCCUCCACAGAUGGAGAAGACGGGUGUGUUCACUGAUGGGACAGUCGAUGGUUUUGCACAAUUCAGUUUCUGUUGCACACCGGGCGGACAGGGUGUCGGGGGUAAAUGAUGGGGAAUAUAGUAUAUAUACACUUCACCGGGCACCUUAACAUGCUUGACCACAUCUCUGCCACCAGGAGGCGCUGCAUGGGUCAGAGGUC